AUGCGGACGCUGCUCUGUAGGCAAACCGCGAAGGAAAAAAGGGGAACGAUCAUCGUCCCCAACAUGGCCUCCGUGUUGUCCGAGGAGGGCCAGUGGAAGUUCCCUCACGAUUUCAACCCAGAGAACUUCCUGGAUGACCGGGGAGAGUUUGUGAAGCCGGAGGCCUUCGUACCGUUCUCUAUUGGUCCUCGCGUGUGCCUGGGGGAGGGCCUGGCUCGCAUGGAGCUGUUCCUGGUGCUUGUGACGCUGCUCAGAAGAUUCCAGUUCAUCUGGCCCAAGAAUGCUGGAGAACCAGACCUUAGGCCUGUGUUCGGACUCACCAUCAGUCCCCAACCCUUCAACCUGGAGGUUCGCUUGAGAGGGACAGAGAGGACUUGAUGAGAGAGAGAGAGAGAGAGAGAGAGAGAGAGAGAGAGAGAGAGAGAGAGAGAGAGAGAGAGAGAGAGAGAGAGAGAGAGAGAGAGAGAGAGAGAGAGAGAGAGAGAGAGAGAGAGAGAGAGAGAGAGAGAGAGAGAGCUUGAUGGGCGAGAGAGCUAGCUUGAUGGGCAAGAGAGAGAGCUUGAUGGGCGAGAGAGAGAGGGAGAGGGAGGGAGAGAGAGGAAGAGGGAGCGAGAGCGGAGAGAUCGAGAGAGAGAGAUUCUUGAGGACCUGUGAGUCCUUUUAUUUGAUGGAAGAACAAAAACAGGUCAGAUAAUGGUUGGGUUGGCUAUUCUUUUUUAAAUUAAAUCAUGUGAGAAAUGA